GCUUUACACCUGUCCUCCUUUAGGCCAGCAGACCCAACAGACCGUAUUGUUCUCCACGCUAAACCCCCAGAUAAAUUAACUCAAGAAAAGGAUGGCCGCGGAGCCCGAUCCGGGUUCACGUUCCGGUCCCCUCGCCUCUACUCCCAGGCUGUUUCUUUCUUCCUUCCGGAAGCUUUCUUCUCCCGCCCACUUCCGCAACGCUGAGCCCGCCGGGCAACACGCCGGGUCUCAGCCAAUCGUCUGCUUCUCAGGGAACGUUACCUCUGACCUCAGGGCUAAUCACAGACGGUAGGACGAACUCCUCGCGAGAAGUGAGGUUGAAGCUGCCUUCGCCAUCUUGGAGAUGGGAGUGGGGAGAUGGCUGUGGUCCUCUUGCUACUGGAAAUAACAAAACGGGCACAUUAGUCACUUCCGAGUGAAGCUAUCUUCACCUAACUGUUGGCCAAAGCUACAGAAGAAGUGAGGGUGUCAAAGCCGACCGCAGCGACACUGAUAGCAGCUUCACCUGCCAGCUGCGGCGGCAGAAGUGAAGCGACGGAGGACCGAAAGGAUGGUGCAGUCCUGCUCCGCCUACGGCUGCAAGAACCGAUACGAUAAGGAUAAGCCCGUUUCUUUCCACAAGUUUCCUCUUACUCGACCUAGCCUUUGUAAAAAAUGGGAGGCAGCUGUCAGAAGAAAAAACUUUAAACCCACCAAAUAUAGCAGUAUUUGUUCGGAACACUUUACUCCAGACUGCUUUAAGAGGGAGUGCAACAACAAGUUACUGAAAGAGAAUGCUGUACCCACAAUAUUUCUUUGUACUGAACCACAUGACAAGAAGGACGAUCUUCUGGAGCCCCAAGAACAGCUUCCCCCACCUCCUUUGACACCUCCCAUUUCCCAGGUUGAUGCUGCUAUUGGAUUACUAAUGCCUCCUCUUCAAACCCCUGAUAAUCUCUCUGUUUUCUGUGAUCACAACUACACUGUGGAGGAUACAAUGCACCAGAGAAAAAGGAUUCAUCAGCUAGAACAACAAGUGGAAAAACUCAGAAAGAAGCUCAAGACUGCACAGCAACGAUGCAGAAGACAAGAACGGCAGCUUGAAAAAUUAAAGGAGGUUGUACACUUCCAGAAAGAGAAAGACGACAUAUCAGAGAGAGGUUAUGUGAUUCUACCAAAUGACUACUUUGAAAUAGUUGAAGUACCAGCAUAAAAAAGAAAUUUGUAUUGGUUUUUUAUGGGGCAAUACCACAUACCUUCUUGUAGCCUAUAAAGGAGUUUCAUUUGAAAAAAUGAAACAAUUACUUGUAUAAAAACAAUCCAGAAUAUUUUUUUAAAAAAAUAAAUUGGUUAUAUAAUGUAAAAUUGUUAAUUUUUUGUUUGUAACUUCAGGGAUUUUACAUUUUAACAAAAUAUUUAAAAGUUAUAAAUCAACCUCAGAGUUCCAAAGUAAGUUGGUUUCAAGAUUGGGUUUGUUUUUUUUUAAUUUGAGUAUUUACAGAAAUAAUGUAAAAAUAAAAAGGAAAGAGAA